AUGCGCCGGGAGCUGCUGCUGCUGCCUGCGGCUGCCCAGGAUCUCUGGUACCAGAUAACCCAGCCCGUGUCCCUGUCAGCGCCGGCCGGGGGCUCCGUCACCCUGCCCUGCGCCUUUACCUACCCCCACGAGAUCGAGCCUCUGCGGGAUGUCCGGGUUUACUGGACAGGAUUCUAUAGCAAGUUUAUCUACAAUCACACCGAGGGGUUCACCCACCUGGAUUACGGGGGCCGCAUCGUCCUGGUCGGGGACCUGCGGGGGAGCCGAACGGCCUUGAUCCGCAUCGACCGGCUGCGGGAGUCGGACGCCAGCGAGAACGUCUGCCACGUCAGGGUGCAGAAGCAAGACAGCAAAUGGGAGCAAUGGCGCAGGGUCCCUGGGACCCACCUCACGGUGACAGCUCCCAGCCCCACGGACAGCACGCGGCACCCAGAAAUGGUCACAACUGGUGCAGCCUCUGCGGGGAGAACCUGCCCCUGGCGCAUCGACACUGUGACGAACAUUCACCUCGUCCUCAUCGGCCUCGUCCUGGUGCUUUCCAAGGCCGGCGUCUGCGGCGUGGUCUUUGCCCUGGGCCGGCAGCUGGGCGGGUGGAGAACUCUCCGCCAGGCAUCCCCAGGAAAUGACACCGUCCAGCAGCAGUAG